AUGGUCCCAUUCACAAACUCCAGCGCGGAACUGACCAUUGCGCCAGCAGCAAAGCGCGGGGAAUGGUGCUACAUGCUGCGGAGAACCUACACCCACUCUCAUAGCACUCCCGCAGCAGAGAAAAGGCAGUGGAAGUCGCAAGAAGACAAUGAACGGAGGGUGGUAGAGUUCUCUAUUAUGGCGAAGAUCAAGGUGUACAAAAUGGUCUGCACCCUUACGAUUGUAGGUCGGAAUAUUAUGAGGAUAGUAGUAGUCAAGUGGCGGAGUGGGACAUCCUCGAACCAUCUUGUUGACUCGGCCCGUGACUUCAGCAUCGGGUGA